AUGUCUUAUCGGAAUCAACACAAUAUUCUUUGCAUGACAAAAAUCGUCAUGAUUCUUUGGCACAUUUAUGAAACUGUUUCAAUCGGUUGUUCAAUAGGCAUUAGUUCAUUACGUAGGUAUAAAACUGCAGGGUUCGGAGUAAGAUUUGUUUGUAUGAGACUUGGCGUUUUCACAUCAGGAAAUCUCAGCGCCGUAGACAUUGCAUCAAUUACAGACUACAGUAAUCAUGUUCUAAGUAUAAUCGUGUAUUUACUAAAUCCAAAAACCAUGGUGUACAGCGCUGGAGAGAUAGAAAACGUCCGCGUUGCAGUACGUUUGCGACCUUUAAGCAAAAAAGAGAAAUCCUCAGGUUGUGUACCCGUGGUGGUGGCCGAUCCCGAGAAUGCAGCUAUUUUUGUGCAAAAUCCAAACCCAUCACAUGUUGGUCCUCCAAAGACUUUCAUGUUCGAUUUGGUUUUUGACUCUGAUUCGAAACAAUUGGAUGUGUAUAAUGAAGUGGCACGACCAAUUGUCGACAAAGUUUUCGAUGGCUUCAACGGAACAAUAUUUGCUUAUGGACAGACUGGGACAGGCAAAACAUUUACAAUGGAAGGAUCUCAUAUAUCUCCUGAGCUGAACGGAAUAAUUCCUAAUUCAUUUGCCCAUAUAUUUGGUCACAUUGCUAAAGCGAAGGAAGAUGUAAAGUUUUUGGUUAGUGUUUCUUACUUUGAAAUUUACAAUGAAGGCGUCUACGACUUGUUGAGUAAACAUGUGUCUACUGAGUUGGAAGUGAAAGAGAGACCAGAUGUUGGUGUGUACGUGAAGGAUUUGUCAACAUAUGUGGUAAAUAAUGCAGAUGAUAUGCAUCAACUGUUGAUGACUGGAAACAAAAAUCGCGCCACUGCUGCAACAGCUAUGAAUUCUGAAAGUUCCCGGUCACAUGCUAUAUUUUCAAUUACCAUAGAAACUAGUCGACCUGACGUCACCGGCGAGUACCAUGUAAAAGUUGGCAGACUUCGAUUGGUUGACUUGGCAGGUUCCGAAAGGCAAUCAAAAACAGGUGCUCUUGGUAUAAGAUUUAAAGAGGCAACAAAAAUUAAUUUAUCCUUAUCAACUCUGGGAAAUGUAAUUUCUGCGUUGGUUGAUGGCAAGUCUACUCACAUUCCAUAUCGCAACUCAAAACUCACACGGAUAUUACAAGAUUCUUUGGGAGGAAACUCGAAAACCGUUAUGUGUGCUACUGUGGGACCAGCAGGUUUCAACUAUGAUGAAACUAUUAGCACUUUACGAUAUGCCAACCGAGCCAAGAAUAUUCAAAAUACAUCCAAAGCUAAUGAAGAUCCUAAGGAAGCAUUGCUCAGACAAUUUCAAAUGGAAAUUGAAGCUUUGAAAAAGCAAAUAGAUGAUAGUAGUAAGGGUCUUAGUGAAGCAGACGAUGAUGGUGAGGAGGAAGGAGAAGAAGAAGGGCUGGUUGUCGGAGCCUCUGAAGAGGUAGCUAACGCAGUGCAGAGCAAACGUGAAGAAUUGGAUGCAGCACGCCAAGAAAUGAUUAGGUUAAAGGAAAAACUAGAGAAUAUGGAGAAAAAAAUAAUUGUGGGUGGUGAGAAUCUAUUAGAGAAGUCUGUGGCACAAGAGAAGUUGUUAGAGGAUUCAGCAAAAGAGCUAUUAGAUAGAAAAUCUAGACAGAUGAAUUUAAACAUGCGUUUACAAGAAGUGCAAGCUGAAAAGAUGGACACUGAAGAUAAAUACAGUGGUCUGCAAGAGAGAUCAGGAGCAUUAAGUAAGAAAUUGAAAAAAUUAUCAGCAGCUAUUUUAGCUGUAAAAGAAGAUCUAAAAGACACUGAAGACGAGAGCAAAAGAGAAAUAGUGGAAUUAAAACAGAUUCUAAAACAGACUUCUAAGGAGUUAAAGAUGCAAGAAGUCAUUAUUGAGCAUUUUGUCCCCGAUGAUUACUUGGAACUUAUAAAAAAGAAUUCAUUUUGGAACGAAGAAAUUGGAGAAUGGGAACUAAGAUGUGUAGCAUAUACUGGGAAUAACAUGGCAAAAGAGUUGCCCAAUGAUGAAGAAAUUACGUUUGAGACCCGCAGACCAGAUUUUUCACACGUGUAUCUGACUUACAAAGACAAAGCGCAGGCCAGAUCAAAGUCGAGAACUGGAAAACGAACUUGA